AUGCCUCCCCUCCUCGUCCUCGUCCUCCUCGCCUCCGCCUCCGCGUCGCCGGAGCGGGACGUGUACGCGCUCGGCAAGCUCAAGGCCGCGCUCGUCCCCGCCUCGGGUCCCCUCUCCCCCGCGCUCGCCGACUGGGACACGGCCGCCUCGCCGCCCGAGCACUGCUCCUUCUCAGGCGUGGCGUGCGACGCGGACUCGCGCGUCGUCGCGAUCAACCUCAAGGCAGUCCCGCUCCACGGGGGCUCCCUGCCGCCCGAGGUCGCGCUGCUCGACGCGCUCGCCAACCUCACCGUCGCCGCAUGCUCGCUGCCCGGCCACGUCCCGGCGUCGCUCGCGUCGAUGCCCGCGCUCCGCCAUCUCAACCUCUCUGACAACAACCUCACCGGCCCCUUCCCGGUCCCCGCCGCGGGGGCCGAGCCCUACUUUCCUUCGCUGGAGGUCGUUGACGUCUACAACAACAACCUCACCGGCCCGCUCCCGCCGUUCGGCGCCGCGCACGCGCGGCUCAGCUACAUCCACCUCGGCGGGAACUACUUCUCCGGCGGCAUACCGGAGAGCUUCGCCGACCUCGCGGCCCUCGAGUACCUCGGUCUCAACGGCAACGCGCUCUCCGGCCGCGUGCCCGCCUCGCUUGCGCGCCUCAAGCGCCUGCGGGAGAUGUACAUCGGCUACUUCAACAAGUACGACGGCGGCGUCCCACCCGAGUUCAGCGAGCUCGAGUCGCUCGUCCGCCUCGACAUGAGCAGCUGCAACCUCACGGGCCCCAUCCCGCCGGAGCUCGGCAGGCUCGCGCGCCUCGACACGCUCUUCCUGCUCAUGAACCGCCUCUCCGGGGAGAUACCACCGCAGCUCGGCAACCUCAAGAAUCUCAAGUCGCUCGACCUAUCCAUGAACGAGCUCACCGGCGAGAUACCGGCUAGCCUCGCCAACCUCAUCAACCUCGAGCUGCUCAACCUCUUCCGGAACCACCUCCGCGGCAACAUACCGGAGUUCGUGGCCGACUUCUCGCACCUGGAGGUGUUGCAAGUGUGGGAGAACAACUUCACGGGCAACCUCCCGCCCGGGCUCGGAAGGAACGGCCGGCUCAAGAGGUUGGACGUGGCUGGCAACCACCUAAUCGGUCCGAUACCGCCGGACCUCUGCGCCGGCCGGAAGCUGGAGGUACUCGUGCUCAUGGAGAACGGGCUGUUCGGGACCAUUCCCGAGUCGCUCGGCGACUGCAAGACGCUCACGCGCGUCCGCCUUGGCAAGAACUUCCUCAGCGGCCCCGUGCCGGCUGGCCUCUUCGACCUCCCCCAGGCAGACAUGCUGGAGCUCACCGACAACCUUCUCACCGGCGAGCUCCCGGAAGUGAUCGGAGGUGAAAAAAUUGGCAUGCUGCUGCUAGGGAACAAUGGGAUUGGUGGGCGGAUUCCUCCGGCCAUCGGCAACCUCCCUGCGCUGCAGACCUUAUCACUGGAGUCCAACAAUUUCUCCGGGGCAUUGCCGCCGGGGAUCGGCAGGCUGAAGAACCUCACCAGGCUCAACAUCAGCGGCAACUCACUCACCGGCACGAUCCCGCGGGAGCUCAUGGGCUGCGGCUCCCUCGCCGCCAUCGACCUUAGCCGCAACGACCUCUCCGGUGAGAUACCAGACACCAUCACGUCGCUGAAGAUCCUGUGCACGCUGAACGUGUCUAGGAACAGGCUAUCCGGCGAGCUUCCCUCGGAGAUGUCCAACAUGACGAGCCUCACCACGCUGGACGUCUCCUACAACCUCCUGUCCGGCCCCGUGCCUAUGCAGGGCCAGUUCUUGGUGUUCAACGAGAGCUCGUUCGUCGGCAACCCCGGCCUGUGCGGUGCGCCUUUAGCCGACGCUUGCUCUCCUACGGCUGCCGGGGCGGGCUCGCCGUUCUCCUUGCGGCGGUGUGACUCCAAGAAGAUGCUGGUGUGGCUCGUGGUCAUGUUUGCUGUAUUGAUCAUCGCGUUCUUCGGCGCGAGGAAGGGGUGCGAGGCGUGGCUGGAGGCGGCGAGGAGACGGUCGGUCGCAUGGAAGAUGACGGCGUUCCAGAAGCUAGACUUCUCGGCGGACGACGUGGUCGAGUGCCUCAAGGAGGACAACAUCAUCGGCAAGGGCGGCGCCGGGACCGUGUACCACGGAGUGACGCACAGCGGCACGGAGCUGGCGAUCAAGCGUCUCGUCGGCCGAGGCUGCGGUGACCACCACGACAGCGGGUUCACGGCCGAGGUGACCACGGUGUAA